UUGUAUAUCGCACACUUUGGACCGAAUUCGAGUAAAUCCUUUGGUUAGUCAGGCGGGGUGGAGCCUGGGUGAUGGGUGGAGUGUUACUCAGGAGCUGUCACCGUUUUGCUGCAGUGUGUGUGUUUGCCAUUACUGAAUGAGAUUGUAGGAGCUGGAGGGCAGCGUACUGCCUUUUAAAGAGCGGCUCAUCCGAAGGCACCGUACGGGAAAGAGAGAGAGAGAGCGCCGUCACAGACUGGGUUUACUCACAAACAGACUUUUCCAAAACGCGCACAAAGAGGGAGAUUGAAGCCCCUUGAAGGCCUCUGUGCCUUGAGUAAUCACAAGUCCUUCUACGUAAUGUGAUUGACUGACUGGAGGGGCCAUGGAUGGUAACGUGGACAUGAGGUCAGAACUGGAGGAGAUGCAGCGUUGUGCUGACCAGAUUACAGAUGAGUCCCUGGAAAGCACCCGUCGAAUGCUGCAACUGGUGGAGGAGAGCAAAGAUGCUGGGAUCAGGACUCUCGUCAUGCUGGAUGAACAAGGAGAACAACUUGAUCGUGUUGAGGAGGGCAUGGACCAGAUCAACCAAGACAUGAAGGAGGCAGAGAAAAAUUUAUCAGACAUGGCAAAGUGCUGUGGCCUUUGCGUCUGCCCCUGCGCCAAGUUAAAGAGCUUUGAGGCAGGAGGAGCCUACAAGAAGGUGUGGGGGAAUAACCAGGAUGGUGUGGUGGCCAGCCAACCUGCCCGAGUGAUGGAUGAUCGGGAACAGAUGGCAAUGAGCGGUGGAUACAUCCGAAGAGUUACCGAGGACGCACGGGAAAAUGAGAUGGAGGAAAACCUGGAUCAGGUGGGAAGUAUCAUUGGCAACCUGCGACACAUGGCUCUCGACAUGGGCAAUGAGAUCAGUUCCCAGAAUGCCCAGAUUGACCGGAUUGUGACCAAGGGGGAUAUGAACAAAGCUCGUAUUGAUGAAGCCAACAAGCAUGCCAACAAGAUGCUGGAGAGUGGCUGAAGAAAAGCAAACCAUUCACCCAUCCCACACGCACUGCCAGAUUCCCCAUUCCAUCUCCAUUGCAGCAUCUGAAAGGUCCUAGAGGGGCAAGUCCCCUGUGCUGUGAUAGGAAACCACAAGGUUCAAUAUCUUUGUGUACAUUUUAAUUUAUUUUACAAUUUUUCAGUGUAAUGAAUUGUUCCAGUUGUGAGAAGUGUAUGUUUUUAAAUGUGUGUUUGUAUUAAUGCCUGUCCAAAGGGUAAAUGGGGUGUAUUCAGUUUUUAAUCUUUGUAGUUGUCAGUGGUAUUUUUUAAUGUUUUGAGUCUUUCUCUGUAAUUGUGAUAAACAUGGGCACAAACAAAGACCGAGCUUGAAAUACACAGUUGAAUCCUGAUAAAACUGCAACCAACCCCAAAAAUCUUUUCCAACCAGAGAGCUUUAACUUGUAAACUAUUAAUUUAUUGGGGUAGAAGAACAUGGACAAGGAGUCAACUGACUCCUAGUCUAAGAUUGUGCCUCUGGCUUGUGAACAGAGAUCUCCAGCACAUUUUGGAUGGGAUUUACCCAACACAAACUGUGCUGGAAUUGUCAGAUGGAGUCUCUCAGGUGCCAGAGGUUACUCAGCCCUUGCUGUUUUAUCAAGGCUCCAGUCCUUGUUAAAACAUGCCUCAAUUUCUGCCGGGUUGUGUAGUGUAUAAAUCACAAUUUAUUGUUUAUCUCAAGGGGUUGGAAUUGAGGUAAUACAUUUGGCUUACCAAGGUUUGGCCUCAGGUAAGUGGUUUAUCAGGAGACAACUGUGGUUGUUUAUAAUAAAGAGGCAGCCUCUUUCCCAGUAAUCUGUCCUCUCUCGUAUUUGGGGUUUUGUAUGUGUGUGCUUUGAACUAUCCUCUUCAUUGGGAAUGCAGUCUGAAAAUCAAGGCCUUUUUUUUGUACCUUUGCAUUCACUGAAAGCCAAUAAAACACAAAGGGAUAGACUUGAGACUUUCAGCUAAUAUUUUGGCAAAGCUGAAGCAGGAGGGCUGAGGAAAGAUUCUGAUGAAAGGUCCCGUCCUGGAAUGUUAAUUUCCUGACUCCUCUGAUGCUGCCUGGCCUGCUGUGUUCCUCCAGCUCCAAACUGUGUUGUUUCUGAAGGAUGCGCCUUGCACCCACCCCCUAACCCUCCCUGCUUAAUAUCCUGCUCGCAGACUCAUUUGUGUCCACAGAAUCCAAUUUAGGCAAGUAAAGAUGUUUCCUGCUACCUGCAACCUUUUGAUAUUUUCUAAUCAGAAAUGUUGUUACACACCACUGGAGCAGGUGGGACUUGAAACCAGGCCUCCUAAUUCAUAGAUAGGGGCACUGCCACUGCAUCACAAUCAUUGGACAUGGGAGCAGUGUCUCUGAACAUUCCAAUCUGGUAUUCUGCACCCAAACUUGAAAAUUCUUAAAGGAAACCUUGGAGGUCUGCCAUAGGAAAGUAGCUACCCCACCCCCAGCAUUUCCAACGGGUCGGUGGAGCCCACAUCCCAGUCUCCACAAGAAGCAGACUACACUAUCCCUUUAAGAACUGCAUCCAGUCCUUUGUAAUUGUCCACUUUAUUUUUAGAAACAAUUAGCAUUUGAUGUUGACAGCAAACCAAUUCUGAAAAUGUUGAAAUAAAAUACGGGACAUGAGGCCUUAGCCCCUUCUAUUCCACCCCAUGACAUAGACACUUUGGUGAAUGGAAGUGUGACUCAAUUUUUUUAAAAUCCUGUUUUAAACAGUGAGGGGAGGGUGGAUGCUGUCUCUUUAGAUGCUCGUUAACCUGUCGGUCCAGUGUCAUUGUGGUUACCUGAUGGUUUUCUGCACCUAUGAAAGUAGCACAAAUGUCUCUCUGCAAAUAUCAUCGCGGCCUGACCCUACCCCACCCCCAGACGGCCUUGCAAGAGAUCUGCAUGCGGCCUGUGUGGAAAUACAAAACGGCUUUGGUCGCCCUCCCUAUACCCCGUCCCGCCAUCCAGGAGAUCUUUGGUGCAGACGGUUUGUUACCGCUUACCCAGCUCCGAGGUCUGUUCUUCCUUCACCAGUUUAAACUAUGCAUCUGCUAAUAGUGCAUGGCAGUGUUUGAAUCCACCACCCUGGGACGCUGCUCACGGCCCCAGAAUUACACCGAAGCCUAUUCCCAGUUUCUGCUUGAGUUCGCUUCUUCGUAAUCUUUACCGUUACCGAGAUACAACUGGGCUUUUAAACCCUAAAGCGAAGUGGAGUCCGCCGGUAGCACUUCACCUCAAGACCAUUCUUUCACCAUUGUGUGGAGCAUUUGAUAUUUUUUUUCCUCGCUGUUUCGUGGCUCAGAUUGCUGUACUGUCUGUCUGAAGAUGUUGUCGAUUUCUUCGUACUUGAUCCCACUCCAAGCGUCUGGAGAAUUUAUUUUUCCCAAAUCGCGGUUUGUUUAUGGGGAUGUGCAUGACAUAACCAGCACUUGUUCACCUGUCCCUGUCUGCCCUUCAGAAGGUGGUGGGGGUGGGGGUAGCUGCACUUGCAAUGCUAACAACAAAAACCUGUUAACUGGAUGGCAAGAAACAUCUGAGUCAGAUCCCUGUGACAAACACAUCGCCCCCGACUCCUGCCGCUGAAGGAACUCCACUUCAUGGACGAUCACGACUUAGCUGGAAAUUUCUUGACCCUCCCGUGUCACAAGAUGCACCGAGACAAUCAGAAACAAGCCCUGAUUUAUUUAAUGACAUAGCCACCUAAAAAAAACAGCAAAUUUUUUUCUUGUUUUAUGACCAUAAAAUUCUUGUUCUUCAUUUAAAUUUGUCGAUGUGAAAAAACAACCAAAUUUGGCUUUGUGAGAUUCAUUUUGACAGAGUUACGCCACAAAUCUAGUGUAGGUCAGACCCUGUCAUGGUCACAGUGCUGUGAAUGAGACUAAUCUGAAAUACUGACAGGAAAAUGGGAAAGUUGGAAUCUGUACAGUGACUUUAGAGGCUAUUUGGCCCAUCAAAUCUGCACCUACCCACCAAAGGGAAUCCCACCAAAUCCUUAUAAUCCUACAUUUACUAUGGCUGGGCACUACAGAGUAGCUUGGCCGAUGCAGCUAACCUGCACAUUUUUGGAUUAUUGGAGGAAACCCACACUGACUGGGAGAACGUGCAAACUUCACACAGUCACGCAAAGCUGGAAUCAAUCCUGGGUCCCUGGCACGGUGAGGCAGCAGUGCUAACCACUGUGACACCCUUGUCGCACAUCAAACUUUUCAAAAGACUAGUCUUUUGUUUAGUCUUGGGUAGCCGUAAUGUUCCAGCUUUCCAGGCAAUUUCCAGAAGAAUUCCCACUUCACAAUCCCCAAAUAAAUAUCCAAAUGAUUAAUAAGUUCUGAAGGGAGAAGGUGUCAACCUCAUACUUUUGAUCAGUAGAAAUAGUGAAUUCCCUGAGGGGCUUGAAGCUCUACAGAGUUUGCCUGAGUUGUCGUCACAUUGUACCAUCCAGCAUCCACCACCUACCACAAUCCAGACAGAAGAGAAAAUGGGCCAGAAACAAAAAUGUAUAUAUCACUAGGGUUGAGAGAUAAAUGAAUGGAGUGUGUUCCACCAUCUUCUGAAGGGGUGAGACCCUGUAAUGUUUGGAAAUGAAUGGCAGGUUGUACUGGAACUCCAAUUUGAAGGAUAUCUGGAUAUCAGACAUGUCAGACCAGUAAAUGUCAUUCACUGAUUUUACCAUUUCUUUCUGUCUGGGUUGGAUGGUGUAGCUGGGUGUUCGGCUUUGACUUGAAUUAGAAAGCAUGGUCAUCCUAAUGUAGUGACUGCAAACCUCAGCCCUGUUGUUGUGGAAGCUAAUGGGCUUGCUGCUAUUUCUUUCAGUCCACAUUGUGCUCAGCCUCUAAGAGACUUUUCCUACAAGCAGAACAGGUGUGUUAUUGCAAUGAGAGUUGUUUGGGGACAAUUUACUAUUGGAGAUAAUCAGAGGAAAGGUCUUGGUCCUGCAUACCUGACAUGGUGGCAGCCAAAUUGCCAUAAUCAUGAAAUGGCCACAGCAAGGUCCUCCUUUGAGUUGAGUUUCCUUUAACAUUUGACAUUGUUUGUGUGAAGUAUAUGCCCUGAUAAUGACAAAGAUGAGCCCAGAAAAUAGGGGUCACAUUUUAACAAAUGGAAAAUUGGAUGAGCACAGUUGGAAAGCUUUUUAAGAUGUUGCAAUAUAAUUGGUUAAUUCUGGAAUGAUGCAUACCUGAUAGCCACUUUAUAUUGGCCAGACAGCUUCACUAAAUGAUGAGCUACUUCCCAAGAAGGAAGUUUAAACCGUGUUUUGAUUGAAAUAAUUUCUUUUAUUUAUUUUCUCUCCUAACCACUGGGAUCCUAAAUUGAUUCUCAUCCAAUGGAAGAGAGCUUCCUGAUCAUGUGAUUCAGGUUGCCAUGACCUCUUUUAUCCUCCAUUUUCAUUUGCUAAUGGACAUGUUUUAUUGGUGGCUUUGGGAGCAGUUGUGUUUCUUGGGGAGUGACCAAGAAACCUGAAUGUAAGUCCGUUUGUAAAUUUGAAUCCAAUGUCUCUAAGUAACUGGAAUCCAUGCUGUGUUGGAUUGUUUAAUGACAGAACUGGCUCCUCAGUGACUUCCAGGUGGAGAAAGCCUGUCAACGUUUCCCAGUCUGACGCCUCCCAGCCAAGGUGAUUUACUCUGAUAAGUUCCCUGACAUAGGCAUAGUCAGUCCCACUGUUGCUGUUAAUAGGGCACCCAGAGAUGGACAAGAACCAGUGCCCAUUUCAGCAAAGCCCAUUCCCCAUCCCAUCAUUCAGAUUGUACUCCAUUCCCUGAAUGAUUCCAGAAGCGAAAGAGUUUUGUCUCUUCUGGUUUUCUUUGUUAUAUUUUGAUCCCAGAUUCUCAAUUCUUUUGCUGUGCCUUCCAAACAAUUAUUCCCUACCUGCCCCCCAGGAUUAUGGGAUAGUCCCAGCAAAUGGAGUUCUCUGAGGUAGCAAUCCAAGAUUCUGUUUUGGUCAUGUUCAGUCAAAACAUGUUCGCCUUACUCAAUCUCUUCAAGUUGUGUCCAGCGACACCCUCUGAUUGCAAUGUCAAAGGCAUUCUUGUUUGAGGACUGUUUUGGCCUCUCCAUUCCCAAGGCUAGAUGUCUACAUUCUGUGCCCUUUGUUCCAAACUUAGGUAAUUUGGAAUGACAUCAAUGUUAAUUCAUUUACUAGCUUCUCAGUGUCCCUCUCCCCGUGGCUGGUGCUGUAUCUGGGUGUAUCCCCCAGCCUGUGCUCAAGAUGGUCCCAUAACCACUUGCUGAGCUACAAGUGGCUGAAUUCCGAAGAUGUUACUGUUUGUUGUCAGGCUCUUGGGAAAGAGCACCCAGGGAAUGUAAAUGGAUGAUGAAGGUGCCAUGGGAAAAGAAACAAGCAACAAAGGUCAGUGCCGGUGCGGGUGUAGGAAAUGGGAUCUGAUGGAACACUCCACAUUCCUCCAGUCUGGUGGUGGGAGUCUGAAAUUCAGUGUAAAUUUGUUUGUAAUUGUCAGAAACUGUAUCGUCUGAGCCGAAAUAAAAUAAACCUGCGGGUACUGUAAUGUGA